AUGGUUACGGCGGCUGCACAGAAACCAGGAGACAUCAUGGCCAUUCGCUUCUUUCAGGCGCUCUUUGAGUCGUCGACGUUUGUGGGCACUCAUUACAUCCUCGGAUCUUGGUACACAGAGAAAGAACUCGGCAAGCGCUCCGGCAUUUUCACUGCCUCAGGUUUGGCCGGAACGAUGAUUGGCGGUUUCAUCCAGACUGGCAUUCACUCUAGCAUGGACGGUCUUCAAGGGCUUUCUGGUUGGAGGUGGCUGUUUAUCAUCGAUGGCAUCAUCACACUCCCUGUCGCCGUCUAUGGGUUUCUCCUAUUUCCAGAUACACCCCGGAACACCCGUGCCCCGUAUCUCUCCGCAGAAGAGAAAGCAUUGGCAAUUUCUCGUGUACCAGAAGUCUCGGAACGGACUCCUAUCUCAUGGGCAUUCUUGAAGCAUUGCUUUGGGACAUGGUACUGGUACAUGUUUGUGAUCCUGUGGAUUCUUGCUGGAGAGACAGAGUCUUUCAGCACCAACGCGCUGCUGCAGCUCUAUAUGAAGAGUCACCCGACAAACAAGUACACCAUAUCGCAGGUAAACAAUUAUCCCACGGGCGUUCCGGCAGUCGGCAUUAUUUCAACCUUGUUUUGGGCCACCCUAACGGAUUUCAUGGGAGGCAAGCGGUAUCUUGUGGGUUACUGGAUCGGCAUCACUGGCGUCAUCACAAGUGCUUUGAUCUUGGCUUACCCGCAGAACACAACAAUACAUUUCGCGAUGUAUUACUGGGCGGGCAGUGUGUAUGCCUGCCAAGCGACAUUUUUUGCCUGGGCCAACGACGUCCUUCGCUACGAAGAGGAUAGCCUUCGGGCCGUGGUCAUAGCGAGUAUGAACAUGGGGAGCAAUGCCAUCAAUGCUUUCUGGAGUAUCUUGCUGUACCCGGCCUCGGACGCCCCGAUGUUUACCAAUGGCAUGAAGGCCAUGAUUGCAGUUAGUAUUGCGAUGGCCUUCUGGACGGGCGCGCUUGUAUGGAUGCAUGUUCGAAGUGAGAAAAGGAGGGAAUUAGUAGGGACUACAGCACAUUUCACAACAAAAGAGCAGGAUAUUCGUGAUACCGAGCAAGGUCAGGAGAAGGCCUAG